AUGAAUCUUGCAUUGUUAGACCCCUUUGCGGUGGCCCAGGAAUACCCGGAAACACUCACACAAACUCUCAGCCACGGUCAUUCGGUCUGCAUUGAGUACAACAACAAAGGUGUAUACCUCGCGAGCGGCCUAGCCGACGGGUCGAUUGUCAUCUUCGACCAGGAGACCAGCGGGGUGGUGACGGUGCUCAAAGAGCACACCAGACCGAUACAGUCGCUCUCGUGGUCUCUGUGCGGCCGGUACCUUCUUUCCUCAUCGCGCGACUGGAAGGUGAACUUGUGGGACCUUGCCACAAAGACGGUUUUACACACGGUAAAGUUCGACGGUCCCGUUUGGGUUGGAAAACUCCAUCCCAAAAACCAUUUGCUCGCGGUGGCCGCGUUGUUUGAAGACAAACCCAUGUACAUCGACUUUACGCGGAUCGAAGCAGACACGCCCUACACGACGGUGCUCGAGACGCUCCCGUUGCCGCUUCAGGAUGAGGAUUCGGAUGAGGGUUCGCGGAAGAAGCAAAAGACAGAAAAGCACAUGACCCUCGUGGCGUGUUUCCAUCCAUCGGGGGAGUUUGUCUUCACGGGCACGUCCAAGGGCUGGCUCAACGUGUUUUCCACGCGCACGCUCGCGAUGGUUUAUUCGAUAAAAGUGGCAAACUCGAAUAUUAAGCACAUUAUGGUGUCGACUCUGGGCAAAAAGAUCGGGGUGAACUGUUCGGACAGGGUUAUUCGGCAGUACCAGGUGCGAUUGGCCCUAUUGCAACAGCUAGACAACGGGAGCGAAAAUGGUAAACAUGAGGAUGAAAGUGACUCCGACUCUGAACCAUUGGAGCUUGACCAUAAGUUCCAGGACGUGGUGAACAAGCUCCAGUGGAAUGCAGUUUCGUUCAACUUCAAUGCGGAGUACGUUAUCGCUUCAACGUACGGUUCGGCCGCGCACGAUGUGUACAUGUGGGAAACGUCGAUGGGCUCGUUGGUAAAGAUCCUCGAGGGACCAAAGGAGGAAUUGGUGGAUGUUGCAUGGAACUACAACAAGUGCGCGAUUUCUGCCACUGGGAUCGAUAGUGGCACCAUCUACGUGUGGUCGAUUGUGAUUCCGCAGAAGUGGUCGGCGUUGGCGCCUGAUUUCGUCGAGAUUGAGGAGAAUAUUGAGUACGAGGAGAGCGAGGACGAGUUUGACAUUGUUCCAGACGAAGAAAUCAACCAGCGGUUGUUAAACGAGGAGGACGAGGAGGUGGAUAUAUUGACCCGUGAGACCGUGGAUGCCCGGGGUUUUAGCAUGGCUGAGACGUUUGUCAUUCCGGUAGACUACGAGGUGGAUUAUGGGGACAUUAUUUGA